AUGUCACAUCCUGGGAACGAACAAGAAUUCGCCUCGGAAGACGAAGAAGAUUUUAAUCCUACACCGGCCGAUGAUUCCGAGCCAGAGGCUGAAGAUGACCAGCAUGAUGCGGCAGAUAUUCGCAGCGGCGGAAAGCACAUAGAUAACGAUGAUGGACAAGAGGUCGGUAAAAAAGAAAAAGAAGACGAGGAAGAAAUUGGAGAAGAAUUGAAACGGAUGAAUGAUACCGGCAAUGGUGACUUGAAUACUAAUGAAUCGCAACAGGCUAGAGGAGAAAAUGAAGCCGGCGACGAAGACGAUGAUGAAGGGGAGCCCGAAGGAGAUAACGAGGACGACGAUGUAGAUGAUGAGGAGGAAGACGAGGAGGAAGCAGUCACUGGUCGCCCUCGAAAGCGGAGAAGACAUGGACUCGGCGCUUUCUUCGAAGAAGAAGCAGAAGUCGACGACGAAGAUGAAGCGGAGGAUGAAGAAGAUGAAAUCGAAAGUGGUUUUGUCCACCAUGACGAUGAAGUCGUCCUACCGGCUGGCGCAGAAACAGACGAUAGGCGUCAUCGUGAACUCGACCGAAAGCGCGAUAUGGAUGCGACGAUGGAUGCGGAACAGCAGGCACAGGCCCUCAAAGAGCGAUAUGGCCGAAACCGUGCCUCUGGAGCUGAUCUCGUUGUCGUCCCUAAGAGGCUUCUCUUACCUAGCGUGGAUGACCCGAGCAUAUGGGGUGUCAAGUGCCGGCCAGGAAAGGAAAGGGAAAUUGUGUUCAGCAUCAUCAAGCGGAUGGAGGAGCGGCCUCUUGGUUCGCGAAACCCUAUCAAGAUUAUAUCUGCUUUUGAGCGCGGUGGAACUAUGGCCGGAUACAUUUACGUGGAAGCCCGCAAACAAGCCGAUAUCAUUGACGCCUUGGAUGGAAUGUCUAAUAUCUACGUCAGGUCUAAGUUGACCUUGAUCUCGGUCAAGGAAAUGCCUGAUCUGCUCCGAGUGAAGAAGUCGGAGGAGCUCACCCCGGGUGGCUGGGUCCGAAUCAAGCGUGGACGAUACCAAGGGGACUUGGCCCAGCUUGAAGAAGUUGAGACAAACGGGCUUAAUGUUACCGUCAGACUUGUUCCUCGUCUAGAAUACGGACUUAACGAAGACAGCAAUGCGCCAGCUAUGGACCCCAAGCGCAAGAGGAUUGGAGGAGCAGGAGGCAGCGCAGUUGCCAGGCCUCCUCAACGUCUGUUCAGUGAGGCAGAAGCGAAGAAGAGACACUCUAAGUAUCUCUCUGCAACAUCUAGCUUGGGCGGCAAGUCCUGGUCUUAUCUUGGGGACACCUAUGUCGAUGGCUUCCUUAUCAAAAACAUGAAAGUCCAACAUCUCAUCACCAAGAACGUUAACCCUCAACUGGACGAGGUAACCAAGUUUGCCCGUGGUGCAGAUGAUGGCACUUCAAACCUCGAUCUUGCUUCUUUGGCUGCUACAAUAAAGAAUACAACCGAAGAGGAUGCUUAUCUGGUUGGAGACACCGUUGAAGUAUUUACGGGUGAACAGCGUGGCGUCGUUGGCCAGACUGUAGCAACCCGUGGUGACAUCGUUACUAUCAAAGUCACUGAAGGUGAACUUCAAGGCCAGCACAUUGAUGUGCCCACCAAGGGUCUCCGAAAGAGGUUCAGCGAAGGUGAUCAUGUCAAAGUUAUCGGAGGUAGCAAGUAUCGCGAUGAGUUGGGUAUGGUUGUCCGGAUCAAGGACGACCGAGUUACCAUCCUCACGGACAUGGCAAUGCAAGAGAUCACCGUAUUCAGCAAGGAUUUGAGAGAAGCUGAUGACAUUGGAGUUGACGGUAAAUUGGGCCAAUACGAUGUUCAUGAUUUGGUUCAGAUUGAUCAAACAACAGUUGGAUGUGUGGUGAAACUUGACAGGGAGUCAAUGCGAGUCUUAGACCAGAACGGUUCAACCCAAAUUGUGCUUCCAUCGCGGGUUUUGGGCAAGAUUGAACAGCGACGACAUGCUGUGACCACUGACCGAAAUGGUUCUGAAAUCAAGUGCGGAGAUACCGUGAAGGAAGUGACUGGUGAGCAACGGACCGGAACAAUACUGCAUAUCCACAGGGCGUUCCUUUUCUGCACAAGUAAGGUUGUGGGGGAUAAUGCUGGUAUCAUGGUAACAAGAGCUAUAAACGUUACCACCGUGGCGACCAGCGGUUCGAAAUUGGGUAGGUCUGCUCCAGAUCUGUCAAAGAUGAACCCUGCUCUACAGAAGAACGGCAUGAACGGUUCUGGAAUGCCGCCACCGCGCACUUUUGGCAGGGACCGACUUGUUGGAAAGACAGUUCAUAUUCGAAAGGGGCCAUUCAAGGGUCUGCUUGGUAUCGUUAAGGAUACGACAGAUAUCAUUGCUCGAGUUGAAUUGCACUCUGUUUCAAAAGUCGUACCAGUUGAAAAGGAGAACCUCUCUGUCAAGGACCCCAUUACAGGACAGCCUGUAGACAUCAACCGGUUUGGCGGCAGAGGUGGUGGUGCCCCCAGAGUGCCACAAUCCAUGGCAACAGGAAGAGCUGGCCCCCAAGAUGCUGCAUGGCAAGGGGGAAGAACCCCAAUUUCCACGGGCGAUUCGUCGCGUACACCCGCAUGGCGAGCAUCAUCUUCUCGAACCCCUGCUUGGAAUGCCGCUAUAGGAUCCCGCACUCCCGCGUGGAAGGCGGAAGGUGGUCGUACCGCCAACCCUUAUGACGGUAACCGGACCUCGUAUGGUGGGUUUGGUGGCCGUACUCCGGCCUGGACUUCUGGAACGAAAACCCCUCACGACGCUGGGUCCGGCUUCUCAGGAGGCUCUUCUAACUCAGGCUUCGACGCUUUCAUGGCCGGAUCUCGGACCCCAGGACAUCCAGGUGCAAUGGCAGCAAACAGCGGGUCCCGAACACCCGCCUGGGGCCACUCCGGAAGCUCCAGCUCACAUCUCAGUGCCAAUUCCGGCAGAGCGUUCGAUGCUCCUACUCCUGGAGGUGACUAUGCAGCCCCAUCUCCUGCACCAUACGGUAGUGCUCCAACCCCUGGAGCAACUGCCGCAACUCCUCGUGCAUGGCCGGAUAAUGCGCCUACACCAGGUGCUUCAACGUUCGCUGGAAAACGUAUGGAUGGUGAUGCGUAUGACGCGCCUACACCCGCUGGAGACCAUCGACCAUAUGAUGCACCUACUCCAGCAAUUGGAAUGGGCUUCCCUGCCACCCCUGGAGCCACCGACGAUGCGCCUCGAUACGCUGAGGGUACUCCAAGUCCAUGA